AUGAUACCAAUUAACUCUUAUGAAACUACUACUGAAGUAUUUCAAUCCCUCUAUUUAAACUCACCAAAUAAUCAAAAUAUGAUACCCUCUUAUGAAACCCCCUAUACUAUGAUACCAUUUGUCUCUUAUUUUAACUCACUAAAUAAUCAAAAUACGAUACCAAUUAACUCUCAUGAAACUACUACUGAAGUAUUUCAAUUCCCUUAUUUAAACUCACUAAAUAAUCAAAAUAUGAUACCAAUUAACUCUUAUGAAACCCCCUAUUUAAACUUUGAAACUGCAAUUAACUAUCAUGAAACUAAUACUGAAGUAUUUCAAUCCCCUUAUUUAAACUCACUAAUUAACUCUUAUGAAACCCCCUAUUUAAACUUUGAGACUGCAAAUAAUCAAAAUAUAAUACCAAUUAACUCUCAUGAAACUACUACUGAAGUAUUUCAAUCCCCUUAUUUAAACUCACCAAAUAAUCAAAAUAUGAUACCAAUUAACGAAACUACUACUGAACUAUUUCAAUCCCCCUAUUUAAACUCACCAAAUAAUCAAAAUAUCACACCAAUUAACCCUUAUGAAAAUACUACUGUAAACUCUCAAUCCUUUACUGGAACUUAUAAUACUAUUCCCACUUUCGGAAGUACUGAGGCGUUCAUUGACUUAGGGCUAACAUCAAACAAUCAAAAUACUACGUCAAUUAACUCUCAUGGAAUUGUUGCUACUGUUGUUAGGCAAAACAAUUUUGGGGAAAUGGCGAAACGCCCUGGCGAAACUGAGUAA